AGGACUGCCUGAAGGCUUGGCUGCAGCUGAGGGAGACGCCCUUGCUGGGCUGUAUCUGUCCUGACGGUCUGGAUAAGAAGUGUUCCCGCCUCUACUCCCUCGUCAACGAGAACCCUUGUGUCGAGUCUGACCACAACUUGUCUCUGGAGCAGCUCAAACAUGUGGCUGGUACCUGUCAAUCAGCCCUCGAAGACUGCAUGACGGAGUCAACGUGUCGAAGUCACCUGGAGAUGGUAAGCAGCCACUGCGACACCGCCUACUGUCACAAGGACGCCUGCAGGAGCUCCAUUCAGGAUAUUUACAAGUUCCUGCUGGAAACUAACCAAGAUCUCGCCCUCAAGAUUGCUCUCUGUGUCUGCAGAGACGCGACGAAGGAGGGGCAAACGGAGUGCUCGCGCGCCCAGCGGCGCCUCCACCCGCCGUGCGCACACAUGUCAGCCUCGGUGUCAGCGCGUCAGUGUCACAAUCUGGGUCGGGACUGUCGCUCUGACCGCGUCUGCAGGUACAGACUGGAGCACUACGAACUGUCGUGUGCGGCAGAUACCAUGACUGGGAGGUGUGCAGGUCAGCACCAAGAGUGCACUAAGGCUAUGCUGGGACUCCUGGGCACUGACCUCCACACCAAUUGUGUGUGUAAGGGCAGCGCCUUCCAAGACAUUAACCAGUGUCUUGCCUGGAAGCGUCUCCUCUGGGGCAACCCUUGUGUAGUGGAGUCGCAGUUGACGUACCACCUGGCGCAGCUGGGGAUGGACGCUGAUGUUCUGGUGUCUUCCUUUACUGAUGAUCACCACCAGCAGGUCGACUCCCACCACCAGGGAGAGAAGGCCCCAUCACCUCACUACGCUCUUGGUCGCGGGGACGGCUACAAGAACCACGACAAUGGCUACGACCCGCUAGACGACCAGAACGACGCUGACACCGAGCUAGUAAAGGCCACUGACACCCGUCUGCAGGCCAGGAAGGUGGCCAGCACUCCCCAGAGUGAUUAUACACUUCCCCAGGCUGCCCCUGCUGUGUCCUCUACCACUACCACCACCACUACCACCACCACUGCCUCCACUACCACCACACUGCUUACCACUACCACCACUUCGCCAACCACCACACUUCCGGAGAGAUACUGCGAGGUUGAGCGAAACACCAACACACACAUUAUAGAGGAAGGCAGCAGUAUGAGGCUGUACAAAGAGGGUGACGAGGAUUGCUCAGAGCUGUGCUUCUGCGAGCUUCACGAGAAGACAAAAUGCAAGGUUCUCGAGUGUGUGAUCAACCGACCCUGUGAGACGCACUACGCAGUGUACCACCACAAUGCUCCUGCCUACCAGGCCUACCGCGGCAAGUGUGUCUGCUACUCCGGCAACUUCAUCUGCCAGCGUCCCAGAGCAGAGGAGUACAACCUGCCGACGGGACUGUUCCUGCUGCUGGGGUUCAGCAGGACGGAGGAGGCGCUGCUGAAGAACGUGACGGAAGGCACCGCUAUCGACGCUCUCGUUCCCCUCCAGCAUAUCUUCAGAACCAUCUCUGCCAAUAUGGGAGUUAGUACCUGUGCACAUCGUCUUCGUGUCCCUUGCCUCUCUUGUGGUAACAAGAACAUUUAA